ACCAAACUUCAGUGAGAGUGGGACAGCGAGGAGGCUGUCAAACAAUCGUGGAUUAAUAAGAUAGAAGCUAUUUCUUUAGUUAUUGUGSGAAUGCAUGUUAGCUAUGUCAUCUAUUUAAUUGUACUAGAUAGCGAGCUAAUCAAGCUAACAUAACACACGCUAUCUUUAGUCUUUAAUUGACAGUCUAGAAAAAAAUGAGAUAGGGGUAUAAGGAAUGUUUUGGUGAAAACGAAAGCUUGACGCUUCCUUUUUUCUUCCCAGAAACAAAACAGCAGUCAUUUGCCAUAGAUUGUUUCCUGGUUUCAUUGCUCAGUCUGAAUGGGUAACGUUUAUAUUGUUAGCUAGCCAGAAAGCUAACUAACUGACGCGAGUGCCUCUAGCGAGACUUUCAAGACUCAACAGCAUCGACAAAAACGAACACAACCAAGCUAAGCCAACUAUGGACGGAUGUCAACCAAACAUGCAGCAAAGUAACGCCGAAAGAGGUGUGGAAAAAUGUAUGGACGAAUACCUAAAAUCCAUCGGGUUUCACCGGAAAAAAAUUGCCAAAGAUGGCUCGUGUCUGUUUCGGGCUGUAGCUGAACAGGUGUUACACUGUCAAAGCCUGCAUACCAAAGUCCGUGCCACCUGUGUGCAGUAUCUAAAGAAGAACAAGGAGAACUAUGAAGCGUUCAUAGAAGGUGACUUCGAGGAGUACUUAAUCAAACUUGAGGACCCUCAGCACUGGGUGGGAGAGGUGGAGAUAUGUGCACUGGCUCUGAUGUACAAGAGAGAUUUCAUCAUCUUCCAGACACCUGGUCAACGUCCUGUUCAAAUCACUGACAAUGGCUUUAAUGACAAGGUGCGUCUGUGCUUCCUGAACGGCAACCAUUACGACAGUGUCUACCCCGUAGCGCAUGUGAAGAAUGCUGCCCUCUGCCAGUCCGUCCUGUACGAGCUCCUCUAUGAGCGUGUGUGUGGCACGGACCGUUCCGUGUUGGCUCCCUGUCUGAAGGGCUGUACUGGUAACCGUGGUAACGACCUUCUAGAAGACGACCCGGACAAUGAGCAGUGUCGUAGCAGCGACGAGUCGGACCUGGAGGGAGAGACGCUCUCUGGAGCCACGAUGGACCAGCUGGACCUGCAGCCCACAGGGGACUCACCGUUAAGGGUCGAGGAGGUCCACCCUUCUCCAACAGGGAGACGUUCUCUCAACCCUCUCCUCUACAGAAACACUGAGUACGAUGUCUGGGUCAAGUCCAAGAGAGCUCAGCAGAAGCUGGAUUUCUGCAUCGCCGCUGGGAUGCAGUAUACAGUGGGAGACAAGUGCAAGGUUCGCCUUGACAACGGUGGACGUUACUAUGGCGCCUACAUCCAGGAAGUGUCGCCUGACAACGGGCCCGUCACUGUCUUCAUAGAGGAACUGGGCAAGAGACACACUGUGUCCCUCUGGAACCUGCGCCCUCCCACAGAUGAGACGUUGUCCUGGAGCACGGUGGCCCGAGACGGAAAGAGACUGAACAACGGCUCUGCUCCAAACUCUGAUUGGGAGGGCAGGGGAAGAGGAAGGAAGUCAGGGAAGCCUUCGACGCCGUCGGCAACGCAGUCUGUCUCCCAGGCUAAAGGACCCUCCCAAAGUGGUGGGCGUGGUGUCCAGAAGCAGCACUCUUGGCCCCCYCAGGCCACUGUAGAGGAGGGAGGGGUCCGGAGCACCCUCCACCUCAACACCAGGUCUGUUUGGACCRCAAUACUACAUUUUUACACAGAUCUUAGAUGGAAAACAAACCACAGUGAAAAGUAUUCAGACCUCUUCCCCCCUCAGCCCGCUGUCACCCAGCCACCCUGCCGUUCCACCAGCUGGCUCAUCUCUACCAAGACCCCUGUUCCCAGGGUUCCUUUGUCUGACAAGGAAGAGAUCGUCCAGACACCCCUUACUCGUAUAUCCACACUGGAGAGGGACCUGCCACGGGAGGAGUAUGUCAACAUCCUGAGGUUUUUCUUCAACCUUGGUGUGAAGGCGUUCACCAACCCCAUGUGGCCCCCACACUCUUACAUCCUCCCUCUUCACCAGGCCUACAGCAUGCAGCCCAAACUACCCUCAGUCUCCCUCCCCUCUUCCCACUGGUACCCCUCCCACCCCCCCCAGGAGGGGUACGGACACUCCCACCCCCCCCAGGAGGGGUACGGACACUCCCACCCUCAGUACACCCCCCCCUCAGGUUUGGGGGGCCUCCAUCUGCAUGACAACCUCCAGAGAUCAACCCCCCAAUCAGCUGCAGAACCUCCCCAGCAUAUGGAAUUCAGAUACGGGCAGGAUGAUCGCUCCGCCCUGGGGUACCCUUCCAACCGCCACCUUCACCCUGCCUCAACCCAGCCCCGUAUGGAUGGCUCUUUACCCUGGUGUAGUAACGUUACCCCGCGACCGAACGCCUACGCUGGGGUAUGCUCUGUACCCACACCCCUGACACAAUACUCUCCACAAGCACCCCAACCUGCACCUACCAACCAGUACCCUCCCGCACCCCAAUCUGCACCUCCCAACCAGUACCCUCCUGCACCCCAAUCUGCACCUCCCAACCAGUACCCUCCCGCACCCCAAUCCUCUACCCACACCUCUCAAGCUCAGACCUACACUCCAGCUCCAGCUGCUUCCCCUCCCUCCGUACCCCGGUACCAAUCAGCGUCUCUGGGGUACCCUCCUCCGAGGCUGCCCAGUGGGAACCAGACCCAGGGACAGCUGGAUCCUCGCCCCGCCAGCGGUGCCUCUUCCCUGGGUAUGAGGUCCAGCCACAGCCCCCUGGAGAACCAUAAUGCUAAUACUACCUCUGUUGUCAAUAUUACUACUACUGCUGCUGCUGCUGCUACUACCUUGUCUAGUACUACUGCUUUCAACACAGAGAGAGCUUUACAGACUUCAUGCAGGCUUCACAGACGGAGGACAGGGAGACAUGAAGAUGGCUGGCACUCUGCUAGUGAACGCUCCUCUUCCUCCUACUGAGCAGGUCACAUGGGUCCCCGAGGGUCACCUGACAACAACAUUAAGUGGCGAGGCCAUUUUCAAGGAUGUAUCCGUCGGCAUGGCGAUGCAGGGUGCGGGCGACGCCCCCAUGACCCAGAGGGGGGCGGAGUUUAACAUGAAAAUGACCAAUGAGACGACGGCGGGGAGCUGGGGCGAGACUUCGUAUUUAAUGACACUGCCCCUGGCUCCAAGCGGCGAAACAUCAUUGGACUGGGAGGGAGGGGAGGGGCUAGACCCUAAUGACCUCAGAAACGGAAAGAAGUUCUACAGUCGCUCCUUCAGAGGUGGAGGAGGGAGGGGAGGACACGAGGAGGGAGGAGCUAGAGGGUACAGAGAGAACCGUUGGAGGGGGGAGAGACGGGGGGUGGGAGGUUACCGAGGAGUGGGGAGGAGAGACAACAGGGACGGUUUCCGGGAGCGAGACCGAGGGGACAGGAGGCAGGAAGGAAGAGGAGACUACCAGGGUAACGCCACCUCUAAAGGACAAAAUGUGAGGGGUCGGGGGAGGGUCUACCACUACAAUCAACAGCCAUCCAAUGGCAGAGAGGCAGGCUACUCUAGUGGGCUGAGGAACCCCCCUUAUACAGAUUUGUGAGAUUUGAUUGGCUGAUAUGGCUUUAUUGGGAUUGUUUAUCAUUUUUGUUUUGUUUUCUGGUAUUUUAAUCGUCUUGUUUGUGGGACUCUAUAGCUGUCGUUGGACUCGUCUUUUAAAAAAAGAAAAAGAAAAAAAAUCUGUCAAGUGUCUCCAUGUUAAUGUUGCCUUCUGGACUCGGGCUGUGUCCCAUAUUUAGUGCACUAUUGAUCACGCUCCAUAGGGCCCUGGUCAAAAGUAGUGCACUAUAUAUAGGGAAUAGGGUGUCAUUUGAAAGAUGUUAAACCUGUACAGAUAGGUAUUCAGUGUUUGCAUUUUCUGUUUAAUAAAACUUUGAUGUAUUUA